UAGGUGAAGUAUGUUUGAUAGGUGGUGUAGAUCCACGCUUGAUAGGUGGUGUAGAUGGUGCUGGUACGAUAGUUUGUGGAUUGGGUGGUAUAGGGUUGGUAUGUUUGGGCUUCUUGAUAAGUUUAGGUUCAGAUUGGGGUAUAUCGAGACGUCUGGAAGGUUUCUCUAUUGCCUUUUUAGUGAUUGGUUUCUUGAUCAUGGUUGUUGUGGCAGAAACAGCGUCACCCAAAUAAUGAAGUGUACUGGAAUUGUGAUUAUAGUACGUUGCUUCUGUAUUGGUUUUGUUAUGGACAUCAAUUCUUAUCCGAGCAUCAUUCAAGACAAGUUCAAGAACACCAGGUUUAAUGCAUUCCAAGACAAGCGACUUUUGUCGAGUCAGUUUAUCAAUAGUUUCUGCAUUAAGCUUUAAGUUGACAAUUUUGUCAUGACUUGUCAUGGCGAGAUUAGUAUUAAAAAAAAAA